GUUUAACGCUCCACCUGCACGAAAGAAGAGCCAAUUUAGGGUCGGGAAAAUCUGCGCUCCCUCCCGCCAAAGUGCAUUGUUUCAAAAUCUCUCUCUCUCUCUCUCUCUCUCUCUCUCCGUUGAUCCUAUCGCGCGCGCGCGGGAGCACCACCAUUGCAGGGCAUCUCUCAGUUUGUUGAUUUUCUGGGUUGCCGGAUCUUUAUUGCUGAGAAAACGUCCUGGUGUGAGCAAGAGAGAUCGCAUCCGUCUCCAUUAUUGCAGCAACAGUUUGCUAUCACUUCUUGUGCAGCUUGAAUGAAAUGAUCUGUGAAAUGUAGCUUUUCUUGUCCGGACUUUCUACUAUCCUCUUCUGCACUAGCAUCUACACACUGCUCAUUUUCUGGCAGGAAGAAAUGGGGUCAGAGCCUCCUCUACCCAAAUGGGCAUCAAAGCCUUGCAUCAUGGGCAUUGAUGAAGCCGGAAGAGGCCCUGUUCUAGGCCCAAUGGUCUAUGCUUGCUUGUAUUGCGCUUGCUCAUAUCAGAAGACUCUAUCCUCUUUGAACUUUGCAGAUUCGAAGACUCUUAAAGAAGAGAAAAGGGAAGAAUUAUUUGAGAAUUUGAAGGCUGAUGAGUCAAUUGGAUGGGCUGUUGAUGUCAUAGAUCCAAGGGAGCUGUCAGCUAAAAUGCUAAAGAAAAAUAAGAUAAACUUAAAUGAAAUAUCUCAUGACUCUGCAAUUGGUCUCAUCACAAGAGUACUAAACAUGGGAGUUCUUCUAACAGAGGUUUAUGUGGAUACAGUGGGAGAUCCAGAAAAGUACAGAACUAAAUUGUCUGAAAGAUUUCCAGUUGUCAAAUUCGUGGUUGCAAAGAAAGCUGAUAGUCUUUAUCCAGUUGUUAGUGGAGCCAGCAUAGUUGCUAAGGUUACAAGAGAUCGAGCCUUGCGGGAUUGGGUGCUCGAUGAAACUGCUGAAAACAUGCACAGGAACUUCGGUUCUGGAUACCCUGGAGAUCCUGAAACAAAGGCGUGGUUGGAACAUCACAAACAUUCCGUAUUUGGAUUCCCAACAUUGGUUCGCUUCAGUUGGGGUACAUGCACUUCCUACUUCAAAGACUCUGUUGAAGUAUUAUGGGAAUCUGACAAAAUGGAUGAAGAUGAAUCUGCUGAUAGGGGCAGCAAGCGGCAAUUGAAAUUAAGUAAUCUUGGCUUCACAGGAUGCAAGAGGAAGAGUGAAGAAAUAGAAUCGAGUGGUAAAGGUCGAUGUAAGUUUUUCCAGGCUCGUAAACUUGAGCAAGUCACUCAUUUCUAAGAACAAUAUUUGAUAUCAUCACCCCCAUCAUCAUCGUUAUUGUUAUGGUUAUUGCUACCUUCCUUGUCUCUUUUAUGCAGUCUUAGCUUGCUAUUUAGUCGCCCAUUUCGAAGAAAAGAAUUGGAUAUACUUGUUAAACCUUGAUAUACAUUAUUGCCCACAACCUAAAAGCUUAAGAUAAAAUGGUAAUGUAAUAUGAUAUUAGAGUUGGUUACUAGAAGGUCUUGGAUUCUAGUCUUGUUGCCUGCAUUCAUAGUGUGGUGUUUAAAAAAAUUAUUGCAGUCCUUGUAAUAGAUGAUCUAUCAUGUGUUUGUCUCCACGUCUUGUCCAUCUGUGGUGUGGGAGAGUGUUAAAACUUAAUAUCAUUGUUGGCCCAUAAUCUAAAAGUUUAAGCUUUAAAGUGAAA